AUGUGUGGGAAUGUGCUAUAUUUAGGGAAAGGAUGGGGCGUGAUCACUGAUCACCUUUUCCUUCUCGAUCUUUGCGUCGACACCUUCCACUCUUACCCACGUCCCUUCAGCCCAAAGACCCCGCCAGAGAGCGACAGCGUGGAAACUGUCGCCAUGACGUGCCUGCUGACCGAAGAGGCGCGCCUCCAGAAGCGGUUAAACACCCGUAUCAACCGAGAACUGCAGCGAGACCACAAGGAGUCCAAGAGAGAGAUAAAGCUGCUUCUGCUUGGCACAGGUGAAUCGGGAAAGAGCACAUUCAUCAAACAGAUGAGAAUCAUCCACGGGAAAGGCUACUCCAAGCAGGACUGCCUCGAGUACAAGAACCUCGUCUUCCGGAACAUUCUCAUGUCCAUGCACUCCCUGGUCCAAGCGAUGACUGAGCUCAAGAUAGCGUACAUUGACCCAGACGCAGAGAGACACGUUCAACUGUUGAGAGCUCUUACACCAGAAUCUGUCCUAAACCUAGGAGGAGAGACGUACGAAGCUAUCAGGAAGCUCUGGCAGGACCCUGGAGUACAGGAAUGCUACCUGCGAAGAAACGAAUACCAACUUUCAGACUCAACCAAAUACUAUCUAGACGACCUCCCUCGAAUAUCCUCCAAUGACUAUCUACCCACCACCUGCUUACCCCGCAGUCACAGAGUCGGCAGUCCCGGACUACUGGCAUCAAUGAAUAUCCAUUCACCAUCAACAAGAUCAUCUUCAACACAUUUUAUCAAACGUAUUCGUGUUAGGAUGGUUGACGUUGGAGGGCAAAGGUCAGAGAGAAGAAAAUGGAUCCACUGUUUUGAUCAUGUGACCAGUGUCAUGUUCCUAGUGGCCAUCAGCGAGUACGACCAGUUCCUUGUGGAGGCCGACUCGAAAGUGAACAGAAUGGUGGAGAGUCUCCAUCUGUUCAACACCAUCAUCUCCUACCCCUGGUUCAAGAAAUCCUCCAUCAUCCUCUUCCUCAACAAGAAAGACCUUCUGGAAGAGAAGGUCAUGCACUCGCAUCUCGCCGACUAUUUCGAGGAAUAUGACGGGCCCAAAUGUGACCACGUCAGUACGAGAGAGUUUAUAGCGAAGAUGUUCAUAAGCAUGAACGACAUGCGGUCGGCGGACAUUUACCCCCACUUCACCUGCGCCACGGACACAGAAAACAUAAAGUUUGUAUUCGACGUCGUCAAAAACCACAUUCUGCAACAACACAUUACGGAAGUUGUUCCUGGUCUUUAGAUAUAAUAUUCUUUCCGUCUCGUCUUCAUUCUUCUGAGAUUUUGCACUUUUUUGCAACAUUUGAAUGUAGAAAAAACCUAUUUUUAGCCUGUUUCUUUGUAAAUGAUAUUUAUUUUUUCUUCAUUUCUAUAUACACCCAUGUAAAGCUUUACUUAGGUUGUGACUAAUAACUGUCCUCUAUGAAUUUUUGCAGUCGUUAUAAUUAUGAAUAGUAAUCAGUGACGUAUAUAUAUUAUGGACCUAUGUCUCCUUCAGAUUUUUAAUUUAUAAUUCCCUUCUGAUCUGUUAUUAUACCACCUUUGUGAUGAUUAUGAGUGCUACAAUUACAACAUUUCACACUACAUUAGCAGCAUCGGCAGGACACUUUUUGCAGCAAGCUACAAAAGGUAUA